AUGGCCUCAAGCAAAUCACUCAUCACAACUUUUCUUCUUGCUCUGACCUUCUCAAGCAUGAGCAUAAGCCUAGCAGCUCGCCAUCUUAUGCAAACAACUGCACCAAAUUUGCCAGGCAUUCCCUCUUUGCCUAAACCAACAUUACCACCUUUGCCUUCUCUUCCAACCAUACCUCAGGGUCAGGGUAAUGUUCCACCAUUGCCUACAAUCCCAACAGUGCCUCAGCAGCCUCAGGGCAAUGUUCCACCUUUGCCUACAAUCCCGUCUCUGCCACAACCAUCUCUUCCUACCAUGCCAACUGUCCCACAGCUCACUUUUCCGCCACUUCCUGCCACCUCACUUCCAAACCUCCCUACAAUGCCAACCACUAUCCCCUCUUUCCCCUUCCUGUCACCACCACCUUCUGCCACCACUCCCUGA